UUCGCCUCAAUUGAUAGAGCAUGGACGAAAUCUCCUUCCAGUUUUUCCUUGACGAUUUCGUUUACUAAUCUGUGUCUCUGAAAUAAACAUCUGUCAAAUGUUUUCCUAAUGAAGAACGAAAUGUCAUACCUUAAUGAGAGGUAGUCCUUCAAAUUUUGCCGACACUACCAACACUUUGAAAUGAGUUUCAGCUCCUUUCGGGACAUUGUGCAUAUAGGAUUCGUUAACUAAUUCCAAAUGUACAGGAUCCAGUUUAUCGGUGAGACCAUCGCGAAUGGCAUUUUCAACUGGUUUCAGUUGUGAACUCAUUUUGCAUCCAGCAGAAACGAUCGAGGAAUAAUUUUGGCGAAACAUGGAUGCUGUAAAGGGUUUCAUGUUCAAAGUAAUAUCAGUAAUUGUGAAGUGUUUGCAAAUGUAAAAAGAACUUUUAAAAAUGUUUUUCUAUCUUUCACACAAUGCCAGCAGCGAACUUUUAAUAAAAUCUAUUAACAAUUCAUGCCUAUACGUGAAGAAAGGUUGAUAACAUUCUCAUUUAGUUAUAUUCGAAGAAAUAGAUGCUACAUUUUUUUUUAAAUGUAAGGUCGUAUGUCUAAACGUAAGCAAAACGGGUGAGUUAUAUCCCUUGUAGUUCACAAGCACAAAUCAUCUCUCACUCGUUUUGUUUAUGUUCAGACAUAUGACCACCUUAUCACGAAGUACUCCAGAUUUCACCUUUAACAAUUGAAUUUACGAUCAUAAUUGUUCAAAUCGACAAUGGAAAGUGAUCAAUGUAGUUUAACAAAAAAAAAAAAUAUGAACUUGAAAUUCAGGCUAGUUUUUGAUAAUGCUCUCACUCUCUUUCUGUGUCUCUCAUUCGCUGCUGUCAAUACACGACGAUAGAAACAAAUAAAAAAAAUCAGUAAGAUUUUAGUUAACAAUUCCUAAUUUCAACAUUGAUUUCAAAAGAUGAACAGCUCGGGUUUAUCACCGUUCAAAACUAAGUAAUGGGUAAUUAUUUAUAUGCAAUAAAGUUUUGCAAAUGAGUCUUAAAUGGUCUAUAUUAUAUUUAAAAAAGUCAUAUUUAUUUGUAAUUUUUCCUAUAUUUUGGCAACACUUUGCAUGUUGCUGUGUAACUGGUGUAACCCGGUGUAACCUAUUACAAUAAAAUUAAUAUUUUGCUUUGAAUGUCAAACUAAGACGCCGGUUAGCAGAAGUAGUAAUGAACAUUUAAAAAUUCUAUAUAAGACGUGUAUCUAGCUAGUUUUGCAAUAGUUGACCCACUGUGAAAAUAUCUAUGCCAUGACAGCAAUUUUGGGUGCAGGUAUCAGUGGCCUAUCGGCCGGUUACUAUGCACUGAAGAAGGGACUUUCGUCACCUGUUACAAUCUACGAAACUAGUAAUCGCAUAGGUGGGUGGAUUCGUUCAGAGCGGUUUGACGCAGAUGGUUACGUGUUUGAGGCUGGUCCUCGAACUAUUCGACCCAAGGGCGCUGCAGCCAGUAAUACACUAGAAUUGAUUGAGGAAGUAGGUCUCGCGGAACAGGUGUAUCCGAUUUAUUCCAAUCACCCAGCUGCUAGAAACCGCAUGAUAUAUGCUAAGGGGAAGCUCAACAUGUUACCAUCAGAUUUGACCGGAGUACUGCGUAGAGUCGACCCGUUUUCAAAGCCACUAUUCUUAGCAGGUUUCAAAGAUCUGCUAACUGGACGCACUAAAACUAUUCUAGAUGACGAAUCGAUGUACAGUUUUGUCAGACGCCGCUUUGGGCAGGAGAUUGCAGAUUAUGCAGUAAGUGCUAUGAUCUGUGGUAUCUGCGCUGGCGAUGCGAAACAAAUCAGUGUUAAGUUUCUUAUGAAGCGGUUGUUUGAGAUUGAACAAAAACAUGGAGGUGUUAUUAAGGGUUUAUUACUAGAAACAAUUCAGAAACAAAAGCGAGAAAAAGACCCACAGAAACCUGCCGAGGGUUUGGUGAAAAAAGCGAAAUUAGAAAACUGGAGUAUAUAUUCUAUUUGUGGAGGAUUGCAAACCUUACCAAACAAAAUUGCACAAGUUUUAACGGAGAAUCAAGUUAAUAUUUGUACAGGUGUAAAAUGUGAAGAAAUAGUAUUUGAUAACAAUACAGUAAAGUUGAUGGUAGAUGGACAAUCACAGAGGGUCGACCAAAUAAUCAGUAGUAUACCAUGCUACAAAUUAGCAGAACAUGUUUCUGAACAGCACCCAGAGCUAUCGAAGCAGCUCGCCGCAAUUCCUUUUGUUGAUGUUGCCGUAAUAAACAUUCGCUUCAAAAACCCCAAUUUGCAGAAACAUAAUGCAUUCGGAUUUUUGGUCCCGCCAAUAGAAAAUUUACCAAUUCUGGGAGUAAUUUUUGAUAGUUGCUGUUUCGACAUGGAGAAUAAUACUGUUUUGACCGUUAUGAUGGGAGGAGCUUGGUUUGACAAAUGGUUUGGCUCCGACCCCAGCGAAGAAAAGCUGUUGACCACCGCCUUGAAAUAUGUGAAGGACAUUCUCGACAUUUGCGAACCACCCGAUUCUUAUAAGGUGCACCAUCUAAGGAAAUGCAUUCCACAAUAUGUAGUAGGGCAUCAGAAAAGAAUUGAUGCAAUUAAACAUUAUAUACAAGCAAACAAGCUGCCAUUGGGUCUGUGUGGAUCUUCCUAUGACGGCGUCGGUGUUAAUGACGUAAUACUUUCUGCUAAGUUGUGCGUUGGUGAUUUGAUGAACCGUUGUUGAGAAUACACGAACGUCUGUUGUGCUAGAAA